UCCGCGUUACGAAAAGGGCAGGAGUAGUUGAACGUUUAGCACUGCAGUUUCGUGGUUUCUAGGUCGAAAACUCAAAAUAAAUAUCGGUUUUUAAGCUUGAGGCUCAUAAUGACAGACGGGAGACCCUGCAAAGUGUGUAACUUCACACGGCAGAAGUCGUACGGCGUGGUUGUUCCCUCGUUGGAUGAGCUGAAGAAAAAAGGAUGUGAGUUUCUUGGAGUGAAUCAAACUGACCUGGUCUCUGUGGUCCUUGAGUGCGAUGGGACCAUAGUAGAGGAUCAGGCCUACUUUUUGUGUUUACCAUUUAACACAAAGUUCAUGUUGCUGCAUGAUAAAGAGACAUGGGUUCCAGCUCGCAAGAUUGAUGGUGGGACGGCUUGGAUGGCGAGGGAGUCCGUGUUGCUGGAAGCUGACGUCGUCGACUCCUCCAUUCUUGCAGUACCGUGGUGGAAUCUGGCGCUGCAGCUGAAGCAAGACCUGGCCAGUAUCAUCCUCAUGUCGGAGGGAGACCUACAGUCAUUAGUGGAUGCGCCAUGCUCUGAACUAGCCUCUGCCCUGGGCUUCCAAGAGAAGAAGACAGUGGAACUUCAGGAGACGCUGCAGAGGGUUUUGGAUCGCAGAGAGGAGGAAAGGCAGUCCAAAGAGCUGCUCCAGCUGUACCUCAAAGCUGUGGAGAAAGAGGACAGACGGCAGGAGGAGGCGAGCACGCCCAGCCAGCAUGGUGCUGGAGGCGUGGAUUUGCCCGAUGGAAGGGAGGUGGACUCUGCGUCCGGAUUCAUGUCCAGGACACUGAUGGUCCUGAAAGGCAAAACGAGCCCAGAGACCCGACUCUCUACUGAGGAUUUGCAGAUGGUAGUGAGCAGAGGGCUGGAAGCCAUGCAGCAGGUGCUGGGCUGGGACAUAGCAAGGACGACCACGCUGCUGCAGGCCUGCGAAGCGGAGCUGUCCACGCGCCUGAAGCAGAUACGGGCCAUGCAGUCCAUCAGCAGCACACAGCAGGAUGGCAGCAGACAGGAGGAGAGCGCAGCAAUGGCGACCCACGGCAGCAGCUAAGCCAAAGCUUUACCUUAGCAGAGACUGAUAAGGAUUCACACUAACCUGCCUAAGGGUCAGGAGAAUGGAAUUUGCGCUGUGUUGCUGUUUAUAUAUUCACUGCUGGAAUACAUAAAUGUUAAACAUGUGGAUAUCUGCAUCGUUUCAAGAAAGCUGCAAAGGAGCCAAAGCCUAGAGAACCAUUGGGCUUAUUUGCACAAAUGUGUUCAGAUUUAGUUGCUUUUAAUUUGGAUUGGUAUUUUGCUGGGAGAGAAUCAUAUCCUUGUGAAUAUUAACAAACCAGCACCCAGCAGGCUUAUAUAGUGAUGUAACAGAGGCAAGUCAACAAGCAUGUCACCCAGUACCUGGCAAGUAUGGAGAGCUAAAUGUGCCAUGGUUCACAAAAUAACGUGUUAAAUAAAUAUUUAUAUAUUUGGAAAUUUAAAUCAAAUUUGGUCAUGCAUUCACUCAGUAAUAAAGUUAUCUAUAAGUCUACAAACAUGUCUGUUACGAAAUACAUAAUUACACGUGUAAACCGUUUAAAGCUAAAUUCAUUGUUACAACCGUAUGUAAUUAUUAUAGUAUUAAUUUAAUGAUUUCAUAGUCCUGUGUCGCUGCUCAUGGUGGAAUUGUUUACUAUUGGUCCUCGUUGAAGUCAGUGGGCGGGACUAACACAGCUAUACACAAGGUGAUUGGUCUACUGUGGCUUAACCAAUCUAACAUCAAGGUAUAUUUGACUAGCUAAAGUGACUGUUCACAUUAUUUCAUCAUGCAAUGUAGAUAGGGGAGCACUUAAAUAAUUAUAUAUAGUUUAACUUACAAGUAGUUAAAGUUUUAUUUAUAUUAAUGAUUUACAAAGUGUAUUUAAUAUCUUAAUGACACAUACAUAUUAAGAUUUUAUUGAUUGGAUUUGUUACAGUUUUAUUUGAAGUAGCACAUACAAGUAUUUGAUAGCUUAUUUUCUGGAUUGUGGCUCUUUUAGGCCUCAAUACUGAAAGCUAAACAACCGAUACAUAGAUUUUUCUUUGAACGUCUUUGUGUUGUCCACUAGAUGGCACUAUACAGGGCUUCUUAGUCUUCAACUUUGUCCAGAUUUUCCACGUUAGCUUUGAAUUUCCUUUAGUUACAUAUUAGAGCUGGACACUCAUUCGUUUUCUGUUUUAAUUUUGAUUUUGUUUUUUUUACUAAAGGCACAUUUUUACUCCUAAAACUAGCUUAUUGCACUUUUUUGCAGGAACCCUUGAAUAGAUCACUGUUUAGGGAAGAGUCCAGAAAUUCUGUGUUUUGUAAUCUGACGUUACUCUGAGCUCGGUCUUCAUUGUUUUGCUUUCAGUUAGAUGCGUUGCUUUGUCGGUCCAUUGUUAGAUGCAACAUUUACAGGUGAGUUUUAUUAUUGCUCGACCUAAAAGCAGCUUAGCUCCCAGUCUGUUCUCCAAGUUAGGUUAACUGCAGUUAGCUUUGUAUUUAGUAAUCUGUUUCAAAACUAUUAUUAUUAUUAUUAUUAACUGUUAUUAUUAUUCGCAUUUAACUGUGGUUAAACAUGAAUUCUUCCCACAGAUGAAAAACUAGUUCUUUGGGGAGUUUGGGGAAUGUACUUCCUGAUGUUGUUACCUUGUUAUUCACCAUCUUUUACAUACCUCCAGUAAUAACAGUAGGUGUGCUCUAUGUUUCAUCAGCUGCAACAUUUUAACAGAGGUUAAAGAUAAGAUCUACCCAAGCAGACUUUUACAACACAGCCAGAAACCAGUAACACUAGCAGAUUAACAUGUUAUUUGCUUACUCCGGAUGAUUUAAGUCUAUAUCUUGCACCCAACCCUGACAGUUAUGUGUCAGUCUGAAGGAUGUGUGAUGUAAGACCGUGUGCGCAGGUCCGUGUGACAUGAACACGAGGUAGGUUGUCUCCGCAGUCUCUGAAACCCUGAAAAAAAACAACGGUCUUAUUAUAAAAAGGUGCUCCAUUCACAGCUCUCCCGUAAUUAGUGAGUAUUGUAUCUUUUGAAAGAGUAGUUGAGCCUCAGCGUGUUUCAGCCUAUUGCUUUUUUUGAAUAGUUUUUAAGCAGAGGUUAAAGGUGUGAUGUUUGUGUAUAGUGAUGUAAGGGGUACAUUUUCCCAUGUUUUUUGGUAAAUAAACGUAUCUCCAGUCUCUUGACAGUA